CAGGAUCACUCUCCCAUCUGUUCCGUUCGAAAUCCAUCCUGAACCAUUUCAACGUCUCGUAGCGAGCUUCAUCGAAGGGAAUUCCUAGAUUUUUACUUCAAUCCACUAGAAAAACGCUCUAAAGAAAAUCCCACCUCUUGUCCCUCGUAUCGCCUUCCUGUAUAAACUGAUUACCUGGGAUUUGAGCAUAAAGUGCUCCAACCUGAGCGCAAACUUCUCCUUUCUUAGAACUCCAGCUGGUCUCAUGGAUGUUCCUCUAAUACGUCCACUAUGGAGGAAUACAAAUUAUCGAUACCAGAAUAUGCCAAUGAAGAGCGUUUACAGCGCCUGAAAUCGCUUUAUUCGGAUUUUACACGUCUUAGAGACACAAAUGAACGUGGAUAUUACGCCAAUAUUUCUUGGUGGAAGGGCGUACUAAACGGUGGCUUCUCAUUAAUCGAUGGUUUGACGUUUAGAUUUGAUGAUGCAUACCUGCGCAUAUGGGAACAUACAACUCUGGGUACUCCACAUGCACUUGCAGCCGUUAUCAAUAGCAUGGUAGAUGAUGGUAUAUUAUUACCACUCACAGAAUUCCUUUCCAGUCAGUCAAAUACGCUAUCGAAACAGAAGUCACUUUUAAACAUGCCCCUCGAGUGGCUUUUCUCCAGUUUGGGACUGGGACAAGACGAGGGCGCCCAUGAUGGUCACUCUUUGUUUGUUAAAGCCAAGGGCAGCUACAUAUUCAAAGACCGUGUGCGUAAUCUCGCAGACAGUCUCGUUGACGAACAUAUGAUCGAGCCAUCGACACGGAGGUUGUACAGUCGGCGUGAUUUCUCACGCAAAUACUCCCUUAAUGGCUUAGAUACUGAAGUUGUCUUAAAAUGGCUAAUAAAUGAUGGAAAAGUAAUCGUCGAUGGUGACGCAGUGAAGUUUGUCAUCGAACCAUCCGAGAAGAUUAUCAAUAAGGUUGAUAUGGGUGUUAUAAGCAUGAAUAGUGCACUUGGCAGUAUAUCAUCUCAGGUCGACGAGCUCGAAAGGGAGAUAAACAGACAUAAUGAAAACAUAUCAACACAUAUAAAGAACAAAGAAACUGACAAAGCCAAGCGUGCUCUCAGAUCACGCAAAGCCCUCCAGGAGCUCCUCAGCAAGCGCCUUGAUAGCAAAGAGAACCUUCAGGGAGUGUUGCUUAAAAUAGAGCAAAGUGUAGGCGAUAUUGAGAUUAUGAAAGCGUACGAAACUUCAAAUGAUACCCUCAAGACGCUCCUUAAAGCCCCAGAAUUGGACAGAGACAGGGUGGAGAAUACGAUGGACAGCCUCUCAGAUACUCUCGCAGAUCACAACGAGAUUGAACAAGCAAUUGCUCGUCCUGGCGGCGCAGAAAUUAGUACUGAAAUGGAAGAUGAGAUCGAAGCGGAAUACAGGCAACUCUUUGAAGAGAGUAAGAAGAGCGAAGAGACUGUGGAGGAAACACCACAGGAACUUCCAUCACCACCAACUAAUGAGCCACUUGAAGACAAAGUUGCACUGACGAAUUAAGUGAUAAUUUAUGCAUAUAGAAUAAUACAGAGAAAUAAGUAUCUAGCGGGCACUUUCUUGACCUUUCCUGAACGCCUCUUCGGCUAUACUGACUUUUCCUGCUACUUUCUGCCAGUAUUUGAGAUUUUUCACCACUUUUUGCUGCUGUCUAUGUCUGGAGAGACCGUCUUUGACGGAGGUGUGGAGUUCACUAGGAGCCUGGAAGCCAUCGAGGAGAUCCUUAGGAGGUGCGACCUUUGGAACUUCUCUAUUCUCUCUGUUGAAUUUGACUUGGUCAAGGUGUGCCUGCUUCUUCUCAGCCCUCAUGCUGUUGUGAGGUGGAAGAACGUUAUGGAGAUUGUCUGUGGAGGCUUCCGAGAAUUGAGCAGGUGUGCUCUCAGGUGUAUACCAGAGCCACUGUGAGUGUGCUAUUGCCUUUGUGCCAUCCGGGAGGGUGACUAAAUUUGAUUUAUUCGAUAGCUUUGGGAGUGGUUGGCUGCUGUUGACCUUUUCUAAUCUAAGCGAAUGUUUCUUUACUAUUUUGUGGUUGUUUUCCAAGUUCUUCAGAAGCUUCUGCUUGAGUUGAGUCAUGGAACCAACGUCUGCAUUUAGUUGCUUGUAUAUUUGCUUCGUGUGUACGCCGUUGGCGCUCUUAACGAUGUCGACUACCUUCUCAAACAUCGCAGUUCUCUCUUAA